UUUAGGUCUUAGAUGUUGCCCAAGAAACAAUUGUCAGGUGCUCAGAAAAGAAAAAAGAGAAAACAUGAUGAUCAAUUGGCUGAAUCGCAAAGGGGUGCUUUACAUAAGUUUUUUGUCAGUUCAAGUAAUGCUGAUGUCAAUGAAGUUGGGCAGGAAUCUGAUCAUGGGCAGCAGGAACAUGAUCAUAAUUUAAAUGCAGAAGAUGAAAUCAAUGAAGAUGGUCCAAUGGAUGAAGAUUUAAUUGCAGAAAUUGAUGCAAUGGAGGAUACAAUGGGGCAGGAAAAUUUGCAUCCCUCAUCUGAUCAUGAAAAUUCAAAUGGUGAUGAACUAGAUGGUUCUGGUUUAUCAAUCUAUGAUCCUAGAACAUGGGAUAAUCUUGACAAUCGUAAAAGGGAUAUCUUAAUUGAAAAGGGGCCUGUGAGAGAAUUGAAUCUUGUUUUCCCUAAGGAUGACAUUGGAAGACAUUUUUCAUAUGCUUACUACUCUAGAGACUUAACUAAUGGUGAGUCUGUUGAUAGAAAGUGGUUGGUUUACUGUAAACAUGAGGACAAAGUCUAUUGUUUUUGCUGCAAAUUGUUCAAGUCAAACAAAAGCAAGUCUUUUUUAGCAUCUGAUGGAGUGAGGGACUGGCAGCGUCUUAGUAGGAAACUCAAAGAACAUGAGAGCAGUGUUGAGCAUCUGACAAACAUGAAUACAUGGAAUGAAGUUAGAUUGAGGUUAAGCAAAAAUCGAACAAUCGAUGAUGAUAUGCAACGGGAAAUCUCAAAUGAAAAAGAGCGUUGGAGGCAUGUUCUGGUAAGAAUAGUUUCAGCUGUGAAGUUUCUUGCUAAACAUAAUUUGGCCUUUCGAGGAUCAAAUGAGAAGCUUUAUCAAGAUAAUAAUGGCAAUUUUCUAGGCACAAUUGAAAUGAUUGCUGAGUUUGAUCCUGUGAUGCAAGAACAUAUUAGGCGCAUUAAAAGUAAUGAAAUUCAUAAUCAUUAUCUUGGCCACAAUAUUCAGAAUGAGUUAAUUUCUCUUCUUGCUGAUGCCGUGAAGGAGUAUAUCUUGAAGAUUGUCAAGGAUGCUAAGUAUUUCUCUGUUAUCUUGGAUUGUACCCCAGAUGCGAGCCAUCAGGAACAGAUGACCCUAAUUGUGCGUUGUGUCAAUAUGUCAAUUGGCAUUCCAAGAGUGGAGGAGUUUUUUCUAGGGUUCUUAAAGGUUGAUGACACAUCAGGGUUGGGUCUUUUUGAGGUGUUGAUAGAUACAUUGAAGAAAUUGGAUUUGAAUGUUGCUGAUGUGAGAGGUCAAGGUUAUGACAAUGGGUCCAAUAUGAAGGGACAUACGAAAGGUGUACAGAAUCGUUUGCUUCAAAUUAAUCCCAAAGCAUUAUACAUGCCAUGUGCAUGUCACAGUCUAAAUCUCACUCUUUGUGAUAUGGCGAAAUCUUGCAGACAAGCUAUUUCAUUCUUUGGUGUUAUACAACGGAUAUAUGCAUUAUUUGCACGCUCUACUAAAAGAUGGAAGGUUUUGUUGGACAAUGUUCCAAAAUUGACUGUUAAACCUUUAUCUAAUACUCGCUGGGAGAGUCGAAUAAAAAGUGUGCAACCUAUUCGGUACCAAACUCCCCAAAUAAGAUCAGCCUUGCAGAAAGUGGAGGAGGUUUGUACUGAUGACCCAUCAGCAGUAAGUGAUGCUCAAGCUUUGGUUGGUACACUUGAGAAUUUUGAAUUUAUAGUUGGUAUGGUUAUUUGGCAUGAUGUUUUAUUUUCUAUAAACAUGGUGAGCAAAAAGUUGCAAUCUAAGAUUGUGUGCAUGGAUACUACUCUCAAACAAAUUGAAGGGGUUAUCUCAUAUUUUCAAAAGUAUAGAGUCGAAGGCUUCGACUCUAGUAUUGAGGUUGCAAAAGCCAUUGCAGCUGAUAUGGAUAUAGAGCCAAAAUUUCCUACAAAGCGCCAAAGUAAAAGGAAGAAGCAAUUUGAUGAAACAAGUGAUGAAGAAAUGCAGCUAUCAUCUAUGGAAUCAUUUAGAGUCAAUUACUUUAUUGUCAUUGUUGACACGGCAAUUGCUUCAUUGACUAGUCGAUUUGAGCAGCUGAAGACAUUUGAAAAGGUGUUUGGUUUUCUAUUCAACUCAGAUAAUUUGAAGUCCUUGGAUAAUAACGAUCUACGUAAGCAUUGCACUACUUUUGCAGAAGUUUUUUCUCAUGAUAAUUCAUCUGAUGUUGAUCUAGAUGACUUUUUCUCUGAAUUAAAAGUACUGCAAGUAACUCUGCCAGAUGGUUUUAUGUCAGCCCCAGAGAUUCUUCAGUUUGUUACAACUGUAGAUUGCUAUCCAAAUGUCUCUAUUGCAUAUCGGAUCCUCUUAACUGUGCCGGUGACUGUAGCAUCAGCUGAAAGAAGUUUCUCAAAACUGAAACUACUGAGAAAUUGUUUGAGAACAACUAUGUUACAAGAAAGAUUGAAUGGCUUAACUAUGUGCAGCAUUGAGAAAGAUAUUUUGGACAACCUUGAUCUAGAUACGAUUAUUAAUGAUUUUGCAUCAAGAAAUGCCCGAAGGAUCUUUUUUGUCAAGAACUGA